AAGUCAUUGUGGGAAAUCGUGUUUUAAAAGUGGGAGUUCCUCGAUUUUGAGGGGUUGAUUUAAAACUACAUUUCCCUACUCUUCGUUAAUCGGAUUGGAUUCACGUUCAGACGAGUACGGUACGAAAUGUACGAGCGGGGAAAGUUUGUUAGAUUCGUGACACGUCUAAUGGACUCGUUGUGUCGCACAAAAAGCCGGAGUUUGCGAGAAGUGGACGUGGCGUUCAGCUGAAGACAGGAGACACAAUGAGGGUCUACAGGCUGUGUCUGCAGUCGUGUUGCGUGAGCGCUGUGUUUUCUGGACGCUUCUCCGGCUCGUGCUCACAUACGGCGAUGUUCUCGUGCUUCCCUGGUUUGCGCGCGCGCAAGAAGAGCAGUCAGUACAGCGAUGUGGACUCGGAGCACUACUCAUCACUGGUGAAAGCGGUCGUGUCUACGAGAGUCAGCUGUCAGACUCCAGAACGUAUUGAAAACGAAGACCAGUGGCUCUACGGAUCUGUCGUCAAAUCAAAGUCCAAGCUGUGCAGAGCGCUUAAAAACCCGUGGCCUCUGUUAAACGACGCAAAACGUGUUCAUGACGCAGAGACCGCAGAGGGAAGCAUGACUCGCAUAAGUUUGAAAAGAGGUUCAGAUCACGCCUCUACACCAAGUGUAACAAAAAUACUUCAAAAGACAAUGUCAGCCCAGCAAGUUUUUUAUUUGGAGAGAUGGAAGAAAAGGAAGAUCGCUGAGCUUGGCGUGGAAGGCUUCAAAGAAUACAGCAAGAAUCUUUUCACACAGGGGAAACUGUUGCAUGUAGCUGUCGAAAGGAUUUUAACUGGAGAAAAACCCCUAAAUGAAGAUGGAGUGUGUCUGGAAAACGUGUCUGGGUAUUUACAAAGUAUCAGUCACGUGUUGGAGGAUGUUACAGGAGUGAAAACCAUCGAGAGUGUUGUGGAGCAUCAGCCUCUGCAGUACUUGGGCAUUGUUGAUUGUGUUGCCAUGUACAAGAAUUCACUGUGUGUCAUAGAGUGGAAGACAUCGGAGAGGCCAAAACCUUUCCUUGACAACACAUAUGACUACCCCCUGCAGGUGGCUGCCUACAUUGGAGCCUUAAACAGUGACAAAAACUACAACUACCAGGUGGACUGUGGAUUGAUUGUGGUUGCCUACAAAGAUGGCUCACCAGCCCAUUCUCACUUCCUGAAAGCAGACCAAGUGGUGCAAUAUUGGGAUAAAUGGCUCUUCCGACUGGAGGAAUAUAUGGAGAAUGAUGUGUCACCCAGUCCUUGCUGAUGGAGCAAAAAAAUCCAAAUGUGUCUCUAAUUGUCCAACUGUGCAUUCUGUUGGUUCUGUUAGUCUUUCUCCUCUCUGUUCCAAGAAAGGGUCUAGGAGAUCCAUGGAAAGCUGUGCUUUAUAUGAUUAACAUCUGUCUGGAAUUGUGUAAUCUAUAGUGGUACUUUCUAAAAGAAGCAUGCACUUUCUGUAAUGUAGGUAUCAUAAACUUGUCAGAAAUAUUUGAGUGCAGAGGACUACACCAAUCUAAUUUUCACUCAAAAAUGAGUGAAAAUCUCUUCUUGGCCUUGUUUUUUGGCACUUUCUUCUUUACAAAGGAAAUGUUUGGAUGACCAGCUUCUGCUCAAAUUGAUUUUACCUUAGUGCAGUUGAAUGUCUGGUUUUGAAUUCCCCCUCCGUGAGAUUGAACCUUUUUGGUCUGCACUUACAUUGCGCUUUUCCAAAGUGCUUUACACUGUGUCUCGUUCACCCAUUCACAGACACUCACAAUUUUUGAAUGUUAUGUAUAGUGCAUUGCUUUUUAGUCAACUUGGACCUCCACUGGACUUAAGUUUUUUUUAUUUUUUUUUCUCUCUCUGCAUCUAAAUUUUGCUGCUGUUGUUGCAAUUAAACCUUGAGGGGUUUUUCCCCCAUUAGUGGAGGAUACAGGACAUCCUUUCUGAUAUACAUUAAAGUAUUACUUGGAUAUGUA